UGAUGAUAAUUCGUAACACACACGUACAUUUGUAGAAGUCCUUCGUUCCAGAGACUUUGAAUACGUACCGGUACAAAGAUUAUCUGCUGUCAUCAUGUCGAACUCCGAAGUCGUGGAAAUCUUUGUCAGCCCGUUCUCGCAGCCAGCUCGUGCUGUUUGGUGGUUCUGCAAGCUCCAAAACGUACCACAUGAAUUCAAGCCCAUUCAACUGGGUCAAGGCGACCACAAGACGGCUGAAUACAAAGCUAUCAACUACUUCCAGCGUGUUCCAGCAUUGAGAUGUGGUUCUUUCACUCUGUCGGAGAGUGGCGCCAUUCUCACGUUUCUAUCGCGCAAGUAUGGCGCCGGCACUGACUGGUGGCCAGAGGACUUGGAGGUGGCCGGCCGCGUGGCAGAGUACAUUGCGUGGCACUGUGGUGCUGCUGGUCUGCAGGCGGCCGGCGUCGGCUGGGUAUUCCCGUCGGUAUUUGCUUCGCAGCGUGACGACGCUCUGAUAGCGGAUCGCCGCGUCGACUUCCACAAAGCACUCGAUGUCCUGGAGCAGUACUUCUUGGCUCGCAACACGGCGUACAUUGCCACCGAACACCUUACCGUUGCUGAUCUAUUGGCGGCACCCGAAGUUGCGCAGAUUCACAUGAUCGAUGACGCGACGUUCACCCUGGACAAGCACCCCAAGGUGAAGGCAUGGUUUGAGAGGAUGCGGGCCCUGCCGGACUACCAGUCCAUCCACGAGCAGGUCCUGCAGCGCAAGAAGAUCGACUUCUGAGUAGCUGGCCAUGGUCCCAGUCACAGGGAGACCUGACUUGCAGUACCUGCCCUGGGCAGUGUUCCAUCACUGCACCUAGUCAGGCUUAAGUGUGUGUGUGUGUGCGUGAGUGCGUGCUACAGAUGCACGGAUGGCUCAGUUUGUUUCCCGGCUCUUCGUCAGCUGAAUUUGUAGACCUCUUAUUGAUUGUUAUACUCCUCUAGUUUGGAUCCACGUUGUGAUAAUUUUAAUUUCUUCUUCUUUUUAGUUGGUCAGAUCAAGCUCCAGUGCUCCAGUAGCUACAAGUCACUAACUUACUACACUGCA